AUGUCCUUGGACAUUGCUCGCGGUAUGAACUAUCUUCACUGCUGUAGUCCACCCAUCGUCCAUUGUGAUCUCAAGUCGUCAAAUCUGCUGGUAGACAAGAACUGGACUGUUAAGGUAGCUGACUUUGGUCUUUCGCGUAUCAAACAUGAAACAUACCUAACUUCCAAGUCCGGGAAGGGAACGCCUCAAUGGAUGGCACCAGAAGUUCUUCUAAAUGAGUCUGCCGAUGAGAAGUAUAUUCUUGUGUUCUUGUCUGAUAUUUAUAGCUUUGGAGUAGUACUCUGGGAGCUUGCCACAGGGAAGAUCCCAUGGGAAACUCUCAACUCCAUGCAGGUGAUAGGAGCUGUGGGGUUCAUGAACCAGAGGCUGGAGAUUCCAAAGGACAUUGAUCCUCGUUGGAUCUCUUUAAUACAGAGCUGUUGGCACAGCGAUACGAAGCUGAGACCCACAUUCCAAGAACUGAUGGAGGAACUAAAAGACAUGCAAAGAAAGAUGGAGAGAAGAGACAGAAGAGUGCUUCAGAAGUUCAGUGUGUUGUCAGUGUGA